AUGACGGUUGGCAGCCCUGGCACUGGUCGGGUUGCAACGGCCCUGGGCCUUGCGGACAAGAAGCGGGCAAAUUUCAGGAUGGAGGCGCCUUGCCGCAAGAACAGCAGCAAAAGCUGGACCAUCAAAAGCGCCAGAAACAAAUUCGGGAAGCAAUCAUUGCAGAUGUGCGCAGUGGAUUGCAGAUGCUGCUUGCUGACCAAUCGCUGGAUGGCAGCCUCAACCCAGCACCUUGGUCAGCAUAAGGAGCUGGUCAUCAUGAUCUUGGAGAGUGCUGCGGGACAGGGAGCCAUUGAACUUGUGGAAGUUGCGGAAGCAUUAUUCACGACCCAAUCGCGCGCACAGGUGGCUCUUGACAUCGCAUCCUACGCAGGCAUGCUGCAGCGGCUGGUCCUUGAUCCAUCUUGGUAUAGGCCAGCCGCAAUUCGACUUCUGCUGAAUGUCUCUCUGGACAAGGACAGCGAACCCGUGCCUUUGGCUCCUGGUCUUCUCACGGAUGCUGAGACUGUGAUCUGUGAGCGGAAUGCGACGGAAGAGGCUGGGCAAGAUGAAGAUGGUGAGGCAGAGGAUGCAGAUCAAGUCGGGAAGGAAUGGCGCACACGGGAUUUCGAUCAUGUGAAUCAGCAUCAGUGCCCUACAUACGAGCGACGCGUCAUCACAGCGACGGGCGAAGUUCGGUUGUUAUGCUUCUACUGGCAGUACAGCGGGUGGGCAGGUCCGGAUCCCGUUCAGCAGGAUGCGGACCAUGAUCAGAUUGGAUCAUCGGCCAAGAAGAAGCGGCGCCGUGCUGAACCUGUUGCAACUGGCUGGUGGUUGGGCAGCCAUAUGGGUGCAAAGAAUGGCCUGGCAGGUAUGUGCAAGGAAGGCUCCAACUCAGAGCUUCCGCCAGGAACAGGUUGGCAUCUCAAGAAUCUGACACAACCAGGACAAAAGACAUUUCAGUCUGAUCCAGCUGGAUUUGUUGACCAGGAACGGCUUCAGAUCGAGGCCCUGCAGCGCCUCGACUUGACCAAGUUGCAGGGACACGUUGUCUCACCGAAAGGUCCAACAUGUGCAGGUUAUUUUGGCCACUUCUGUACUCUCCUGCAUUUAGAGUAUCUUCAAGAGGUGGCUACUUUGAGACGACGUGCCUCCAGGCGCUCUGGAGAAGAGUUGGAACGAGGCGGCUGGGCUUUGCUUGGCCUGCGUGUUCGCGAUGUCGCGGAGCGGCCAGCAAAAGGCAAAGGUGGUAAAGGCGCAGGCAAGGCACAAACAUCGUCUUUCCAGAUGACACUAUGGCUCCCACCCAAGACUGACGUUGACAAGUUGCGAUUUCGUAAAGGUGAUAGUAUUAUUUUGUCUGCCACACACCCGCUACAAGACAGAUUUGCAGAAGGUCAACUCCAGGAUUUAACAGACAAGUGGGCUUCACUGUCAUUUGAUGGCGUGCGGCCGCCGCAAGACUGCAAGCAGCGGCGGUGGAGACUUGACAAAGGCAGUAACAGGCUCAGCUAUGUGAGGCAGCUUGAUUCGCUGGUGUCAUUGUGCACUGGUUACGUUGACAACGCUGUUAUUGGCGAGGAUUGUUGCAAGAUCUUCCAGAUAAUUACCAACGGGAAGGUUGGACAAUGUGAUUUUUGGGCUUCGCAGGUGUGGAGUGAGCGGGAGAACGAGCAGCAAGUUGAAAUGACAAUUCCAGAGACCUUGGAGCAGCGAACAGCAUCGACAGAUGUCAAGCGGGAAGCUGGCGAAGCAGCAGCUUCAGAUAUGUCAGCUUCAGAGCUUGGUUUGAAGCCUGGUGACAUUGUGACAUUGCAAGGCCUGAAAUCUGAGGAACUGAAUAAUCAACAGGGUGAAGUUGUUCUGGUGGAUGGAGGCAUUAUUCAUGUGAAUGAGCAGACAAAUCAAGUCGAGGAAGAGCGAAUUAAUGUCAAAGUGAAUGGCUCCAUCAAGGCAAUACGUAUAUCAAAUCUGAAACGGCUAGAGGACAGACCCAUGGAACCUGCCACAAAGCCUACAGCAGCAGUUGCUGUACUGGCUGCGGAGCAGUCGACGCAUCAUUCGGAAAUGAUGGCACAGUGCUUGGAGGGCUUGUCAUCCUGCACUGACUCGCAGCAUCAAGCUGUGGCUGCCGCUUUGCAGAGACGCUUCACGAUUGUUCAAGGUCCACCAGGAACAGGCCAGUCUGAGCCAAGCAAGACAGCUACAGCGGUUCAGAUUCUACGAAGCUGGUCGCGUUUGGGAUUGAAGCCGCUGUUGGCCGUGGCUGACGGAAACAUUGCCGUUGACAACAUUGCUGCUGGGCUGGCCAAGCAGGGGGUUGACGUCAAAACUGUUCGAGUUGGUCGCCCAGAGAAGAUCCGCCCCGAGUUGGAAGAAAUAACGCUGGACAACAAGAUGCGUCUCAUGAAGCAGCAGCGGCAGGAACAUCGGCAAGCUGAAGAGCGAGCGACUGCAUUGGCUGCCUUGGAGCACAUGACAGUGCAGGAUCUCAAGAUCAAGGCAUCCGAUUUGAAUGCGCGUUCUUGCCUUGGGGUCUGGAAGCAAUUUUCCCAAGUUGCGUGCUGA